CCAUCCACCUCUCGAUCGCUUUCCGUUAUUCUAAGGAGAAUUUCGGACGAGACGAUCAGGCCAAUAUCCAGGCCAGCUAUCUAUAUAAACCAUGUUAUGUACUGCUCGGAUGCUUCAGUCAGCGCUCGAGGGAACUCGGGACUAGAGCUAGAGGGAGCUGAGAGGAAGAAGGGGAAAAUGGGCUCCAGUAGGGUUGGUACAGUUUCCCUUGUUCUUCUACUGCUCAUCGUCGUUUCGGUUUGCGCCGCAGGAGGCAGGGGGCUGGCCGAAGAAAAGAUUCAGAAGGAACAUCACAACGCUGUGCACAAGGAGGGAACGACAGCUCCAGGCAGCCAUCCAAGGAACCUCAUGGUGAAGACGAACGACUACGGCCGCUACGACCCGACUCCAGCGUUCUCCAGGCCUCGCUUCAAGCCUAUACCUCACUGAUGGACAUGACUGCUGCUCUGCUCCUGCACAGAGUCAUAUAUAUUUUUAAACUAAUUAACAACAUAUGGUUGUUGUUUCUGCAAGGUAUGCGAACCACUGGUUCGGGCACUGGUUUUCCUAAGUUUGUAACUGAUAUAAGAGUAAGGGUUGUACUGUAUGCCGAAUAUAUUUAUAGUAAUGAAAUAUGCCAAAAAAAUAUGUUUAGAAACUCCA